AUGUCGAUCCUCGCCCGCCAGACCGUUCGAUCCGCACGCACCGCUCUGCAUCAGCAGCAGCCUUUGAUGCGUCGUAACUUGCACGUCGAGAACACUCACGAGACCGUUAUUCCCUUCCCCUCCGGUCCCACCCGCAAGGUCCCCGUCGCUAUCGGCCUUACCACAUUCCUCGUCUUUGGCUUCUCGCUGCCUUUCAUUGCUGCCAAGUUCCAGAUGUAA